AUGGCUCCAUCAUGCUGGUGCUGGUUCCCACUCUACUUCGUCGCCUCCGUCACACUAGGCAUCAUCGCAAUCACCUCAGCAAUCCACUCAAACUCCAAACCCACCCCUCAAGAAAUCCCACCACAAACCCUAACUCUCUCCACAAACGCCACACAAGCUCUCAAAAACUCCGGCUUCACUCUCAUGGCUGAUCUUCUCCACCGCUCACCACCCUUCUUUCUCCCACCACAAAACUCCACUUUCUUUGCCAUCAAAGACUCCGCUAUCUCCAACACUUCACUCCCUCUCUGGUUCCUCAAAAGCCUCCUUCUUUAUCACACUUUCACAACCAAACUCACCAUGCAAGAGCUUCUGAACGUAUCUCAAGGUACCUGCAUGACAACCCUUUUCCGUCAAAAGAAUGCUUCCAUAACGAAAAUCGAAACUUUGCAGAAAACUGUUGAGAUUAACCGUGUUUCGAUAUCAAACCCUAAUAUGUUUCUUGGCGAACAAUUCAUCAUUCAUGGUGUUGUUGCACCUUUUUCUUCUAUUCAACGUGAAGAUUUACAAGGUGGUCCUGAUUUCAUUCAUUCACCUACUUGCCCUUCAUCAUCAUCAUCAUCAUUAUCAUCAUCAUCACCGUCACCAUCAUCGUCAUCAUCGAAUAGGUCAUCAUCGAAUAGAAAUUCGACAUAUACUAAUGGCGAUUUCAAGAAAAUCGUCGAAUGGAAUCGAAUAAUUCAGUUUCUCGGUUCGAAAGGCUAUUCAUCAUUUUCAAUAGCACUGCAUUCAGUUCUUGAAGGGCUUCUGAAAGAGUCAGUGAGUUAUCAUUUUGCUUCGGUUACAAUCUUUGCUCCACCUGAUGUGAAUUUACUGAGUUACCCUUCACAUUUGCUAUAUAGAGCAGUGAAGAUUCAUAUUCUGCCUCAGAGAUUGACUUACAAGGAACUCAGUCUUUUUCCUGUUAGGACUUUGUUGAAGACAUUGAUGCCUGAGCAUCAUCUUGAGAUUGAUGGAGUUCUAGGGUUUAUGGCAGGUGUUGUUAUUAAUGGGAUUGAGAUUGUGAAACCUGAUAUGUUUGUUUCUGAGAAGUUUGUGGUUCAUGGAAUUUCUAGAGCUUUUAAGAUGGCUGAGAGUAAUGCUUGA